AUGAUGGUACUGGAAUGCCGUCCGCGAAAUCAUGAUUGGUUGAUUGAUCUCCUUAAUGGACCAAUAACAACAUUUGUUGUAUUUCUUGGUGUAGUUGGCAAUAUUUAUAGUGCUUUACUAAUCUUCCAACGGCGAAUGAAUAGUUCGAUGAAGGUAUCAUUGAUGGCUUUGGCUUUAUGGGAUUUUAUCUUCCUUAUUGUUGCUUUUGUAUAUUUUGCUAUUAAAUCCAAUGCUAACCUUCUUCAUACGCAAGCGAAUAUCAUCAGUGUCUAUGCUACAUUCAUAAAUGGAAUAUUUUUGUUCGUGCAAAUCGUUGCGACAUGGCUGCUCAUCGAAGUGACAGCGAGACGUUUCGUUGCAGUUACAAGACCUUUUACCCGGACUCGAUCUUCGCGUAUUCCAGUCAGGAAGCAUCGUAAACAUUCAUGCUUACAUUUAGUUAUAUCUGUUAAUAAAGCUCCACUUAUUAUAACAAUUAUUGCCGCCAUAAUUGCUUCACCGACUUUAUUUGAAUAUCGUUAUGUGCCAUGCAUAAAUGGUGACCAACGUAUGACGCAGAUUUUAUCAAGAAGUAUUGCAGUAUUGCAGAUUGAAGAAACAGAUUUGCUGAAGAAUUCCACAUAUCGAUUUUAUUAUCGAACCUUACUUAUAACUUGCCUAAAGACAUUUGCACCAUUUUUAAUUAUAGCUAUAUUAACGAUCGCAACUAUCAAUGGUUUUCGAAAAUCACUAAACGAACGCACAAUUUUAUUAGCUAAGCAUCAGCAGGAAUUUUUUCGGGAACUUGACAUGAUCUCACUAAUGUUGCUGGGAAAAUUUAUAAUAUUUCGUUGUUGGCCAACUGUUAUUGAAAUAUGGCAACCACUUGGAUUAUCUCUGAAGCCACAAAUUUUUCUGAAUGGCAGGCAAAUGCCAUUAAUUCAAGCGAUUAUGAAUAUUCUCGUUUUACUAAAUUCGGCAACGAAUUCCGUUGUAUUUAUUAUCGUUAAAUCCGCAUUUGAAACUCGAUGUCAACAUCGAUAUCGAAAACGAAGAUUCGAAUAUAUGGCACAUCAAGCAAACCAGGUUCGUUCAAUUGGCGCAAAUUUUUUUAACGGAAAUUUACCAAAAAUGAAGGAAAAAAAUUUUUUAAAUUAUUAUAUGGCUGUAAAACGUCAAAAUCCUUUGGUUACUCACGGAAUUUGA